AUGUCUUCUUUUGCUCCAUCAUCAAAAAGAACACGUACCGAGGAUACCUUUGAAUGGAAGGACUCUGAUGAAUUCUUUCCAGGUAUUCCAACAAUCCCAUAUUCUCCUGAUGCACCUCCUGAUAAGAUGCUGUGUUUCCGUCACUACAAUCCAUCAGAAGUAAUCCAUGGUAAGACAAUGGAGGAUUGGCUACGAUUUUCUGCCUGCUUUUGGCAUAGUUUCAGAGGAACUGGAGCUGAUCCAUUUGGGUUUCCAACUCUUAUCCGUCCUUGGGAUGAUGGUAGUGAUACAUUGGAGAAUGCCAAACGCAGACUGAGGGCUGGCUUUGAGUUCUUCUCAAAACUGGGUUUAAAGUUUUGGACUUUUCACGACAGGGAUAUAGCCCCUAUGGGGGAAGAUCUUGAGGAGACUAACAAGAAUCUUGAUAUAAUGAGCGACUUAGCUUUGGAGCUUCAACAGAAGACGGGUGUUAGUCUCCUUUGGGCUACUAGUAACCUUUUUGCUCAUCCUAUGUAUGCUAAUGGAGCUAGUACUAACCCUGAUGCACAUGUGUUUGCAAUGGCUGCAGCUCAGGUCAAAAAAGGAAUGGAAAUUGCUAAAAAAUUAGGAGCUCAUGGCUAUGUGUUUUGAGGACGUGAAGGUUACCAGACACUACUGAACACUGAUGUUCGCAGAGAACUAGACCACAUGGGUGCCUUCUUCAAGAUGGUUGUCGAUUACAAGAAGAAAAUUGGAUUUACUGGCCAACUUCUGAUUGAACCAAAACCUAAGGAACCAACUAAACAUCAAUAUGAUUAUGAUGCUCAAACUGUUAUUAGUUUCUUGAAAACUUAUGGACUAGAUAAAGAUUUUAAAUUAAACAUCGAACCUAACCAUACUACUUUAGCUGGACAUGGUUAUGAACAUGAUGUUGUAGUUGCAUCAAAACUUGGUAUGCUUGGCUCCAUUGACUCUAACACUGGGUCUCCAGAUCUUGGCUGGGACACAGAUCAGUUUCCAAUGGACAUUAAAAACACUGCUCUUAUUAUGAAAGCUAUCAUAGAACAAAAUGGAUUGGCUCCAGGGGGACUGAAUUUUGACUGUAAAGUCCGACGAGAGUCCAUUGAUCUUCAGGACCUAGUCAUUGCACAUAUUGGAGCAAUGGAUACCUUUGCUCGAGGAUUACGUUGUGCUGUUGAACUCAAACAACAAGGAGUAAUGGACAAAUGUGUGGAGCAACGUUAUUCCACUUACGACACUGGUAUUGGAGCUAAAAUUGAACAAGGAGAAUCGUCCUUUGAAGAACUUGAGGAAUAUAUCCAUUCUAAUGGAUUCCCUAAACCUACAUCAGGUCAGCAAGAAAUGUAUGAAGUUAUUCUAAAUAAUGCCAUGCAACAUUGA